GGUGACUACAUUCCUCUCUUUACCUCCCACACCACCAUUAGAAAGGUUUGUUUUAUUGGUGAUGACAAACAAUUGCCACCCUAUGGUCAGGAGGAUAUCCAGGACCUCAAGAGCAUCUUUGAGGUCAAGCAUCUCAAGGAUCACGCAAUAUUCCUCAAUACCCAAUGAUGCCCCCUCAAAUUGGGGGGUUCAUCUCUGCUGCUAUAUAUGAUAGCCUACUGGAGUCAAACCCACAACACCCCAUCACAAAUGAGAGGAUGGCUUGUCAUUUUAUCAACAUUCCCAGCCAGGAACAGCCCCAUGGAACUAGCUGGAAGAACCUUGGAGAGUGCCAAACCAUCAUCCGCAUUGCUACCAUGUUGCAAGCGAAGAAGAAGCACUUCCGGAUCAUCACACCUUAUGAUGCUCAGCGGAGCACAAUUGAAGAUGGGUUGAAAGCCCAUGAGCUCGAUUGGGAGAAUAAGUGUUUCAAUGUUGACUCGUUUCAAGGUAACGAAGAGGAUUACAUCGUGAUCUCACUCGUGCGGUCUACGGCGCUCGGAUUCCUCGCUGAUUUGCGCCGGACUAAUGUCAUGCUUACUCGGUGCAAAAAAGGCAUGAUCAUCUGUACGAGCCAGAAGUUCAUGGAACGGGCAGGCUGCGAAUCACUCGUUGGGAGCCUUCUGAAAUACUAUGAUAACCACUGGGUGGAGAGGGAUGAGUUGGAGAGGAUUGAUGUGUAGAUGGGCUUCCGAAGGCAAAGUUGCCAUUCGAAAGGUUACUAACGGAGGUGGCGAAUCUGAACUGGGUGGUUUCGCAGUGAUGCAGUUGGUUGUACGAUACCUCGUGCGGUCGGUUGUACGAUACCUUGUACAAUAUCCAUGUGUUAAAGGAUAGUUUUUCUUGGAUCGAAACCUCGUUUCAAUCGAGUCAGAGUGGUGAAUUGCGCGGUAUGCGAUACGUAGGUAUAGUAUAGUUUUGCGAGAAUGAGGGUAGAGACAGUGAAGUUUGGCUCGCGAUUGCUGACCACGACUUGGGCAGGUAUUGUGCGGAGACAAGUCACGACAUAGACAUCCAAUUCGUGUAGAAUUCGUGGAAUAUUCGACAAGCUUCUGAUGAACCGGCAUCUUAUCCGAUCGCAAGUAGUUAUCUGUGGUCAGAAUCAAUCAAUAACCAUCAGUGA